GAAAUAUGCGAAAGGCUUUCAACCAUGGGAAUCGGAGUUAACUUGGUGACAUACCUUGUUGGAACAAUGCAUUUGCCAAGUUCAACUUCAGCCAAUAUCGUCACAGAUUUUGUGGGAACAUCCUUUCUCCUCUGUUUGCUUGGAGGCUUCCUGGCCGAUUCCUUUCUUGGCAGAUACAACACUAUUGCAAUCUUUGCUUCAAUACAAACACUGGGAAUGGUUGCAUUAGCAAUAGCAGUAAAACUGCCACAGCUACGGCCGCCUCUUUGUCACGCUACUGCUGCCAGCAACAACUGCAAGCAAGCCAACGGGUUCCAAAUGGGAAUUUUUUACCUGGCUUUAUACACAAUUGGACUAGGGAUUGGUGGGCUGAAAUCAAGUGUUUCAGGAUUUGGAACUGACCAAUUUGACGAGAAAGAUGACAAAGAGAAAGCCCAGAUGGCCUAUUUCUUCAAUAGGUUUUUCCUCUUCAUUAGCACAGGAACUUUGGUGGCAGUCACAAUCCUUGUCUACAUACAAGAUGAGGUGGAUCGGAGCUUGGCCUAUGGAAUAUGUUCCAUUUCAAUGUUUAUAGCCAUCUUACUAUUUUUGGCUGGGACUAGAAGAUACAGAUACAAGAAAAGCUCGGGAAGUCCCAUAGUUCAAAUUUUGCAGGUUAUUGUGGCUGCUAUAAGGAAGAGAAAGAUGACCACUCCAGUUGAUGCAAACUCAUUGCAUGAGAAUUCUCAUGAGGCUUCAAGAAUUGAUCACACUGAUCAGUUCCGUUUCUUGGACAAGGCUGCUAUUCUGGCACAAGGAGAUUUUGAGGAGAGAAAUGCUGCAGGUUCCAGUUCCCCAAACCCUUGGAAGCUACGGUCAGUUACAAGGGUGGAGGAGGUGAAAAUGAUGGUAAGACUAGUUCCAAUAUGGGCCACAACCAUCAUGUUUUGGACUGCCUACGCACAGAUGAUCACCUUCUCUGUAGAACAAGCAUCCACCAUGCAGAGGUCAAUCGGAAAAUUUCAAAUCCCAGCCGGCUCUCUUACAGUCUUCUUUGUGCUAGCCAUAAUGAUCACUCUGGCUUUCUAUGACCGUCUCAUCAUGCCGCUUUGGAAGAAAUGGAAUGGCCAACCAGGUUUCACCAAUCUACAGAGGAUGGCAAUUGGCCUUGUCCUAUCAACAAUUGGAAUGGCAGUGGCAGCAUUAUCCGAGAGGAAGAGGUUGUCAGUGGCUAGAGCAAUGGGAGGCACCACUAAAACUCUCCCUAUCAGUGUGUUCUUAUUGAUCCCACAGUUCUUCCUGGUGGGUUCUGGUGAAGCUUUCAUAUACACCGGCCAGCUCGAUUUCUUCAUAACCAAGUCACCCAAAGGAAUGAAAACUAUGAGCACAGGCCUCUUCCUCAGCACUUUAUCCCUUGGUUUCUUUAUUAGUAGCUUCUUGGUUUCAAUUGUGAAGGCGGUGACAGGAAGCAAAGAUGGGCAAGGAUGGCUUACAGACAAUAUAAAUUAUGGGAGGCUUGAUUGUUUCUAUGGACUUUUGACCGUUCUAAGCGUAAUCAAUUUUGUAGUUUAUCUUGUUUGUGCAAGGUGGUACAAGACACACGAACAGUAUCCACCUGCUUUGCAGAUGACUUCUACUACUGAUAAAGCUAAUGGUUCCUCUGCUGAGGAUAGGUGCUAGCUAAUCGGUGGUGUUCAUUAAUUUAUGUUUGCU